AUGGUAUCUCUUUAUUCCCUUGACAUAAAUGAUUUCCCUAACAUCUAUUUAGGUCGCGAUGGAGUCCCCCCAGAACGGCAAUUCUGGGAAGUUCCUAACGCGACGCAUGAAUCUCCCUUCCCUCGACUCUCUCGACCUGUCGAACUCCUUCGCCCGUCCUACGAUGUGGUAGUCAUCGGAUCUGGCUACGGUGGUGGCGUCGCUGCUAGCCGCAUGGCUCGAGGUCGCCAAUCUGUCUGCAUCCUUGAGAUGGGGCGGGAGAAAUGGCCUGGUGAAUUCCCCGAGAGUUUAGACGACGCGAUCAAAGAGGUGCAUGUCAGCGGAGAGCUUGCACCGGGCGAUCGGAGAGGCAAAGAGGGUAAACAAGUGGAUAGGGGAAAUCCAAUUGGGCUGUAUCACAUGGUAGUCGGCGAUGGACAGAAUGCAUAUGUUGGGAAUGGGUUGGGAGGAACCAGUCUGUUGAACGCCAACGUGUUUUUAGAGGCGACGCCGAAGGUCCUAGAGAUGGAAAUUUGGCCCGAAGAAUUAAGAGGAAGUCCAGAGUGGGAGAAGUAUUACGAUCGUGCUCGCUCUGUUUUACAACCGGCCGAGUACCCGCAAAACUUCCCAUCUCUACCCAAAUUGAGUCUCCUAGAACGCCAAGCUCGCCUCAUGGGGUGGGAGAAGUCCUUCUACCGCGUGCCACAGACGACCAGGUUUGAAGAUGGUCCAAACUCUACUGGCGUUUUCAUGAAGAAGUCGACUCUCACUGGGAUGGACGCAACAGGUAUCAAUGACGGCUCCAAAAUCACGACUCUGGUCACGUACGUCGCCGAUGCCUGGAACUGGGGGGCCGAGAUAUUCUGCGAGUGUGAGGUAAGGUACAUUGAGAAGGCCAAGGACCGAGAAGGAUGGAUAGUCUGGUUUGCUUGGCAUGGUGGAAAGAGAAGUGCCUUCGGAGAGAUGAUGUAUGAGGACUUGAUGUGGGUGCACGCCAAAGAAUUUGUCUUCCUGGGGGCAGGGAGUUUGGGGAGCACUGAGAUCUUGCUGAGGAGUAAGCAAAUGGGGCUGGAUAUGAGUGAAGAUGUGGGGACAGAGAUGAGCGGCAAUGGAGAUAUGCUAGCCUUUGGGUACAACACAGAUUUCGAAGCGAACGCUCUGGGAAGUCCCUACCCACCCCCCGACAAUCCAACCGGCCCAUGUAUCACAGGAGUGAUCGACCUGAGAGAUACGCAGAACCCACUCGAAGGGUUUGUGAUUGAAGAUGCGUCUGUCCCUUGGGCCAUCGCGCCUUUCAUGUUCACUGCUUGGGAACACCUUCCUGGACAAAUCCGGGGCACUUCUGCAGGCAUAUAUGAUACUCUGGUGAAAACGGCAGCCCGCCUGGGAAGCAAAUUCCUGGGGCCGCUGUACAGGGGCGGCAGCGUCCAGAAGACGGCGGUGUACCUGAUCAUGUCCCACGACAGUAAUCAAGGAAGCUUGACGCUCAAGAAAGAUAAACCAAUCUUGAGAUACUCUGGCGUUGGGAGGUCCGACUCUGUGAAUCGAAUCCACAAGUACCUGCAACGUGCUACCGACUCUGUGGGUGGGACAUGGAUUCCAAACCCGGCAUAUUCGCUUCUUGGACAACAAGAAAUUACUGUUCAUCCAAUUGGCGGUGCUCGCAUGAGCAAAGAUGAGACAGGUGCCUCUGGGGUUGUUAACCACCUGGGAGAGGUAUUCAAGGGCAAUGGCAGUGAAGUGUAUGAUGGACUUGUCGUUUGCGACAGCUCUGUCAUCCCAGCUGCUGUUGGAGUGAACCCCUUUGCAACAAUCACGGCCUUGGCUGAGCGGUCAGUCGAACUUGUUGCGAAGAAGAAGGGUAUCGCAAUUGAUUAUGAGACGAGAAACAGACUCCUCGACAAAUUUGACGAGCCUCAGUUUCCACUUGAAAGGGAUCUGUCGAUAGAAGCUGUCGAGGAGACGAUUGCCCAGGCGUCUGAUCGUCAAUCCGCGGGAAUUGGAUUUACUGAGAUCAUGGCUGGGUACAUCCAUACUGGCGAAAACAUUGAGGACUUUGAAAUUGCGACACGGGCGGCCAAGGGUAGAUGCGAGUCAGCGAGAUUCUUCUUGAGCGUCAAAACAUGGGAUAUUGAAAACCUCGUCAACAGCACCCUUCACGCUGGUGUUCUCACCGGAACAUUCUGUUGUCCUACACUUGGCGGACCAUUCAUGGUCCAUCGAGGCCGUUUCCAGCUCAUGAGCCAAGAUCCCGGUCGGCCUGACACGCUGAACUUCAUCUACGACUUUGACAUGGUUUCGCCGUCUGGAAAGAUGCUUCAUUUCCACGCCUACAAGGUAGUCAGUACCUCCGUGUCCUUCUCGCCUCUCUCAUUGUGGGGUGCGACUACGACAUUGUACAGCACUAUCACCGACCCGAGCAACAAUGACAAGGUCGUCGGCCGGGGCACUUUGUACAUCUACCCAAAAGACUUUGCAUCUGAGAUUCAAACCCUGGAACCAAGCGCCCCGACCCUCUUUGGCCGGGCCAGAUCGGCCGUCUCAUUUUUGAGCUACUUCACCAAACAAGCUAGCAGUCUCUUCUUCUCCCCCCUAUCGCCUAUGGAGUAUCCCACUCCUCACACAUUUUCAUUCAAGCCGACACCCAUCUCUCAAACAGUGCAGGUAAAGGCCUCAGAUGGAGUCACAUCCACGCUCUGCAUGUGGAACCCCAAAGGUAAGAGAACGGAGGAUUACGCGCCUGUAAUCCUUUUCAUCCCUGGAGCAUCUGUGGACCACCAGAUCUUUGCACUGCCUACAAUCGAGAAGAAUGCAAUCCAGUGGUUCACGGAGAAAGGGUAUCGGUGCUACUGCGUGACGCACAGAGUCGGGAGAACAGUAGUUGCUCGCGAGGGACACACCACUUAUGACGCGAGACUGGACAUCCUUGCGGCGCUGAAUAGCAUUCGAUCGAAAUCGCCUGCAGCUAUGUCCUCUCUCCCUACUCAGAAGAUCUAUGUCAUUGCGCACUGCGCGGGCUCGGUUGCUCUCUCAUCAGGUCUGUUAGACGGCACGAUACCCUCUGAUUGGCUUGCGGGAAUCACUGCCUCUAACGUCUUCAUGAACCCUCGAUUCGCCAAGGUGAACUACCUGAAGAGUAUUCUGCCCAUUGGAGCGGAUGACAUCUAUGAAAAGGUUGUGGGGAGUUGGUUUGACUGCUCAUCUGGACCCCGUGAUGGACUCACUCAAAAGGCUUUGAAUCAACUUCUAAGAUUCUACCCCGUGGGCGAAGCAGAUGAGAUCUGUAAGAGCGUCGUGUGCCACAGGAGCUCUCUUGUAUUUGGGAGACUCUGGUCCCAUCCCAAGCUCAACGCUGCCACUCACGCGAACCUCCACCAAUUCCUUGGUGGGACAACCAUGCGGUCUCUUGGUCACUUGAUGGAAAUGGGCCAAGCUGACACCGUCAUGACAAACGCUCCUGCGUUGGUCAACCUAGUAACACCAGAAAAUGUUGCGAGGCUCAAGGGCAUUCCCAUUCUGUUCUUCUCUGGCGAGAAGAACACUGUCUAUGCCCCCGAGGGCACGGACAUUAGCUACACUAUGUUGUGCAACGCUCAUGGGCGACAAUGGUAUGAGCGUGAAGUCUUCACAGGAAGGGGGCAUCUCGAUUGCUGGAUGGGUAGUGAUGCCUGGAAAGACGUCUACCCAAGAGUCGGCAGGCAUGUGCAAGCAGUGAUGAGUGGAGUCAAUCACAAGAAGCAAGUGAAGUAG